AUGAUCCCGGAGCUCUCUGUCAUGGGCAAGGCGAAGGCCCACGCUGGGCUCCUGGCCCGGAGGCCUGAUAACUCGGCUUUCAAACAUCAGAGACUGCCUGUCUGGUCCCCCAUGCUCACAGCUCACACCGUCCUGCCUUUCUUCUACUUCUCCUUGACUCUGACGUAUCACUCAGAAAAGGGGGGUCCGGUGGUCCAUGUUCCUCUGUUCAGGAAGGACAUCACCUGGUACACCGACAAGAAUGUCAAGUUGCACAACCCACCGGUUGAGAACAAGACACUAACGUUAGCACAGGUGUUUGAAGGCACGGCACAGCCUCUGUACUGGCAGAAAGCAAUGUGUGACCUGGACCCCUGGUACCACAACAACAACGGAUUCAUCAAUGAGGACCUGAUCGUGUGGAUGAGGGAGGCUGCCUUCCCCAAUUUCAAGAAGCUCUACGAGGGCUGCCGCCUGGGAACUACAGCGUCCAUAUCUCCUACAGUGUCCUUUAUUAUUCAUCUGUUUAUUCAUGCUUUAUUCUACCAGAUUUAUCAUUUUGAGAUUUGAAUCAAUUGAAUUAAAACGGUUUCCCAAUGGCAGGUUCCUAGUGGGGUUAGCUAGUUUCUCAUUGGGUGGAAGUGAAACAGUAGGUUGUGGCUUGAAAUGUUGAUUUUUGUUUAUUUGGUCAGUUAUUAGAACAGUGUGGGUCACAGCACAUCAAGCACAAAAACACCAACAGCUUUUUCCUUUGUCAUCUGUGUGAAGAAGAAAAAAAUCGAAGAACUAACAGUAAGCCUACUGACUAUUUGGAGCCUCUGUGUUUAGAUAUAAGGUGUGUACCGUAUGUGGCUCUGUUUAUCCUUGACCUUUGCAGUGGAGUCCUUCUGGGGCAGAAAGGAAGUGGCACUGUCCAGUCAGCUGGGUCGGGGGUCAGAACAACUUCCUCACCGUAGCCUACCAGAUCACUGACUGUCUCAUCCUGCUCCUCGCUGUAAUCUUUACCGCCAUUUGGUGGAAGUUUGGUAUGAACGGUCAGAACAUGGAGGAGUGAUGGAAAAGGACCAAAAAGGGUGAGGAAGAAGAGGAGAAAUAUUGAGUGAAUCAUGAGAAAGAGAAGUCUGAUAUUUCAUUCUAAAUACUGUAAAUGUGACUGAUUUAUUGAAAUGGUCAAUGGUCCAAAUGUACGUAGUUCUACAUUUGAGAUGUGGUUUGUGUUAUUAGCGUUUGAUCAUCAUGAAUGCUUGUGCUUGGUUUAAUUUCCCUACAUCACCAUGUGAUGGCAGUAGUGGUGUUAAAAUGACAUAAGGUGGGAUAUCAUUGGAAAUUGUUUUCAGAUGUUAUAAUUUAUACCAGUGCUUGAAUAUCUAUUAAGAUGUUAUCUUCAAGAUAUUGAUAUGAAGUAAUGUGAAAUAUGAAGGAAUCAUUUAAGAUUACAUUUUUUACUGUUGACCGUAUGAAUGUGUUGUGCAUUAACGUUUUUGUAAAAAAACAUUACUUAUUUUUAAAGUCUUUAUUUCUCUUUGUACAAUCUGUGAACUCACAGAAACACACACACUGACCUAGGGCCAGCCUUCCCUACUGAUGUCCUAACCUUUAACAAACUGGUCCAGGAUCAGAUUUGGUGUUCAGGACAGGGAGUGACCUGACAAAUUAUUUCCUGACAUCCAUUACUACAGACAUGACUAAUCAAACACAGAUACAGUACACUCAUACAGACAUAGCUAGAUACUCUCUUUAGGACAGCCAUACAAAGAUAGACACACACCGAUACAAAGGUUCAACAGACACAGCUACUUGCACAAAGACACUAAGGAAAGUUAUCACAUACACACACACGAAAGACAGCAAUCAUACAGUAGAGACAAUCAAUGUCCAAGAAAUACACACAGCAGAGUCAUUCAGACAAAGAUGCACAUUCACCUGCAUACUGUAUAUUGGAAUUUGAAGUGUUUCUGACUUCAGUAUGCUGACUGGUCACUAGUGAUAUUGUUUUCUCUCCGUACCAUCUUUGACAGGAUCCGUGACCUAUACGCAGCUCUUUAAGGCUGACGCGGUAACCUAGACCAGGGUUUCCCAAACUUGGACUACCCCCCCCCCCCAUGAACCAUGUAACCAUGAAAACAGUGCAACCAUAAUUAUUUGAUGCCUUCCGUGUGGAAGAGGAUUCGUCACCGCUGUCCAUAAUGGUUGGGAACAUUUGCUUUUCUUAAGUGAGAGUAUGUCCUUUUCAGCAGGAAUUAUGAAAGAAAAAUAAAUAAAAGAUAAUCAUUUUGAGAAA